CUCAAAGGACAAAGCAGCAUCACAGAAAAAGGAGGAGGCUGCAAUUAAUUGUCUUUGAGCGUGUUUCCACAAGUGGAGACGUGCUUGACUGUUCGUGAGAGGAGUCCUGGGAAGUUUUGUAUUUAUUUUUCGUCACAUAUUUUCAUCUUCAUGGCAGGUCCUGAACUUUAUACCAAGCAUGCCCUUGUAUGGGUCCCAGAUGCCGUGGACGUGUGGAAGUCAGCAAAGCUUGUCAAAGACUACUCACCAGGCGACCAAGCAUUAUUUCUACAUCUGGAGGAUGGCACAGAGAUGCAGUAUCAAAUUGACCCCCAAACAAAGAGCCUCCCACCACUAAGAAACCCCAACAUCCUGGUUGGAGAAAACGACCUCACAGCGCUCAGCUAUCUCAAUGAACCGGCAGUUUUACACAACAUCAAAGUGCGCUUCAUCGACUCCAAGUUGAUUUACACGUACUGUGGGAUUGUUCUUGUCGCCGUCAACCCUUAUGAGAGCCUACCUAUCUACGAGGCGGACAUCAUCCACGCCUAUAGUGGGCAAAACAUGGCCGACAUGGACCCCCAUAUAUUUGCCGUGGCUGAGGAAGCAUACAAGCAGAUGGCCAGAGAUCAACAGAACCAGUCUAUCAUUGUGAGCGGUGAGUCGGGAGCUGGCAAAACGGUCUCUGCUAAGUAUGCCAUGCGUUACUUUGCUACAGUCAGCGGCUCCUCUGGUGAGGCUGAUAUUGAGGAGAGAGUCUUGGCCUCCAAUCCUAUCAUGGAGGCUCUCGGGAAUGCCAAAACAACAAGGAAUGACAACAGCAGUCGCUUUGGGAAGUACAUCGAAAUCGGCUUUGAUAAAAAAUAUCGCAUAAGCGGGGCUCACAUGAGGACCUAUUUAUUGGAAAAAUCAAGAGUGGUUUUUCAGGCUUAUGGAGAACGGAACUAUCACAUAUUUUAUCAACUGUGUGCCUCAUCACAUUUACCAGAAUUCCAAAACUUCAAAUUAGGUAGUGCAGAUGAUUUCCAUUGCACUAACCAGGGUGAGAAUCCAGUCAUUGAUGGAAUGGAUGAUACCAAAGAGAUGUGCAAUACCAGGAGAGCUUUGACACUAUUAGGAAUUUGUGAAAGUCAUCAAAUGGAAAUGUACCAGAUUCUGGCUGCUAUUCUUCAUCUUAGCAACGUGGAGGUGAAAAGUCAUUCUCAGGACAGAAGCAGCAUCUCGCCUGACAAUGCCCACCUAGUGGUGUUCUGUGAGUUGAUGGGGGUUCCCUGUGAUCAAAUGGCCCACUGGCUCUGCCACAGGAAACUCAAGGCAACCACAGAAACAUACAUCAAGUGCGUCUCCAAGGCAAAUGCAGUCAACGGUCGAGACGCCCUCGCCAAGCACAUCUACGCCAGACUUUUCAGCUGGAUUGUCGGCUGUAUAAACAAUGUGCUGAAAUCAGCUGUUAAACAUCACUCAUUCAUCGGUGUGCUGGACAUUUAUGGGUUUGAAACCUUUGAUAUUAACAGCUUUGAGCAGUUUUGCAUCAACUAUGCCAAUGAGAAGCUCCAGCAGCAGUUCAAUCUGCAUGUCUUCAAACUGGAGCAAGAAGAGUACAUGAAAGAGCAGAUUCCGUGGACACUGAUUGACUUCUAUGACAACCAGCCGUGCAUCAAUCUCAUCGAGGCCAAUCUGGGCAUCCUGGACCUUCUGGAUGAGGAGUGUAAAAUGCCCCAAGGCUCCGAUGGGACAUGGUCUCAGAAAAUGUACAGCACGCUUUUGAAGCAAAACACUCACUUUCAUAAGCCAAGGUUAUCAAACAUAGCUUUCAUCAUCCACCACUUUGCAGACAAGGUGGAGUACCAGUGUGACGGCUUCCUGGAGAAAAACAAGGACACAGUCAAUGAGGAGCAAAUAGAAGUGUUACAAAACAGCAAGUUUGCUUUCUUGCUGAAGCUGGUUGAAGGUAAUAAAAAAACAACAAGUUCUACCAAAAGACCCACCACCAGCUUUACUGGAAGAUCUGGUCGCUCACCGGGAGCUAAUAAGAAGACUGUAGGAAUGCAGUUUCGACAGUCUCUGCAUUUACUGAUGGACACACUUAAUGCUACGACUCCUCACUACGUCCGCUGCAUUAAACCAAACGACCAUAAAGAGCCAUUCAGCUUGGACCCUUUGAGGGCAGUGCAGCAGCUGCGAGCAUGCGGUAUCCUUGAAACAAUCCGAAUUUCUGCAGCAGGAUUCCCAUCCAGAUGGACGUAUCAGGAAUUCUUCAGUCGUUACCGAGUCCUCAUGAAGCAAAAGGAUGUGCUGCCUGAUGGAAAAGAGACUUGCAGAAAUGUCCUAAAAAAUCUCAUCCAGGACCAGAACCUGUAUAAGUUUGGUAAAAACAAGAUCUUCUUCAGAGCUGGCCAGGUGGCCUACUUGGAGAAGCUGCGUUCUGAGCAGCUGCGGAGAGCUUGUGUCAGCAUCCAGAAGACUAUCCGCUGUUGGCUGGCACGUAAGAAAUACCUGAGGAUGAAGCAAUCUGCCAUCACCAUACAGAGACACGUGCGGGGUCAUCAGGCACGCUGUUAUGUUGAUUUUCUGCGGAGAACAAGAGCAGCUGUUGUCAUUCAGAGCAAUGUUCGAAUGUGGGCGGCUAGGAGACGUUACCAGAAAGUCCGCUCUGCAUCUGUUGUCAUUCAGUGCUUCUUCAGGAAAUAUGCAGCCAGAAAGCUGUACUACAAGCUGUUGUAUGAGCAAAAGGUUUUGGUCAUCCAGAAGUGGACAAAAGGCUGGCUGGCCAGAAAGCACUAUCAACGUACUCGGGCAGACAUUAUCCUGCUGCAGAGCUGUGUUCGACGCAUCAUGGCCAAGAAAGAACUGAAGAAGCUCAAAGUGGAGGCGCGUUCUGUGGAGCAUUUCAAGAAGCUCAACAUUGGCAUGGAGAACAAGAUUAUGCAGUUGCAGCACAAGAUAGACGAGGAGCACAAAGAAGUCAGAGAGCUCAGUGAGAGGCUGAAUGCUGCAGCAAAGGCCCAAGAAAUGGAGCGAGAACGACACUGCAAAGAGAUAGAAAACCUUCAUAGGUCAGAGCAAAAGGCUCGAGCUGAGGCAGAGACGCUCCCUUCGCUACUGGAGCGGCUCUCCUUUCUUCAGCAGGAGCUGGACAACACUCUCAGACAGAAGGAGGUCCUGGAGGAUCAGAGAAAGGUUGAUAAGGAGCAGACACAGCUGGUUGUACAGGAGCUGAAUGUGAAAAACAGCUUGCUGAGCAAUGAAAAGGAAGACCUCCAAAAGGUCAUCGUAGAACAAAACCAACAGUUGACAGACAUUAAAGGCAAAGUGGAAAACGCAGAAAAACUAGAGAAAGAAUUAAUAGAAGAACGCUCCCGGUACCAAAGCCUGCUGAAUGAACAUCUGCAUCUGGAGGAGCUACAUAAAGACCUGAAAGAAGAACUGGAAGUCAGCAUUAGCUCAAGCAAGGAAGGGCGGUCGCUGGGAAGUCAGAAGCCAGAAUCUAAAAACAGCAACUCCUCUGAAUGUAGCCCAAUCGUAGACUUGACUAAUGGACAGACCAGCACAACAGAAAAAGAGGCCGAGACCUCGCCCACUGUCGACCUACCACUGGUUUUGAAGCUCCAAAGAAGAGUCAGAGAAUUGGAGAAGCACAAACAGUUGCUAGAGUUGCAGUUAGUCGAGAAGAAAGCCCAAGAGGAAAAUGAUGUGGAAGAGGAGAAAAAUGUUGGCAUAGCACUGCUGGAUUUGGAAACGCUGAAGCGUCAAGAGUUGGAGACUGAAAACAAGAGGCUGAAGCAGGACUUGAGUGUACUGCGUAAAUCCCUGACCAAUGAAAACAGUGAACUAAUGCCCCCUGCUGUGGGCUCCACACCUUAUGACAUACUGUUGGAACAACUCACUUCUUCAAACGAGGAGCUGGAGAUGCGAAAAGAGGAAGUGCUUCUUCUCCAGUCACACCUAGUGCGGCAAGACGCUAUGAAAUAUAGGGAUUCUGCAAUUGGGGAGGGUGUCAAUUUAGAACUUGGUGACCUGCACUCAUUUCAAAAUCUUGACAGGUCCGCUGACAUCCAUACACUCAAUGAGGAUGGAGAACUGUGGCUGGCAUAUGAGGGCUUGAAAGAGACCAACAGGGUUCUGGAGAGUCAGAUGCAAAAGCUGGAGAAGCAGCACAAUGAGCAGUGUGAGAAGCUGCAGGAUGAAGUGAAGACAUUGAAGGAGGAAAAAGAGCUGCAGCAGAAGCUGCUGGCUCAGACUUUGGUCCUACCUGAAGAUGCUCGCAUUGAAGCAGGCCUGAAGCUUGAGAUCACUCGGCUCACUAGUGAAAAUCUGGACUUCAUGGUGCAACAGGAGAAAAAAGACAAAACUAUAAGCAGUUUGAAAAAAGAACUGCAGCUGUACAUGAAAAAAGUAGAAGCGUUUCAAGCUGAUCAAAAGAACACAGACAUGAUGAUAAACACUCCUGCUAGAACUGUGAGUAUUCCACGUAAAGAGAAGGAGUACCAGGGAAUGUUGAAGUACAAGGAGGGCGACGAGAGCCGGCUAGUGAAAAAUCUGGUUUUAGAUAUGAAGGCCCGCGGUGUCGCUGUGAGCUUCCUUCCAGGACUUCCUGCUUACAUCAUCUUUAUGUGCCUGCGAUAUGCUGACAGUGUCAAUGAUGAUCAGAGAGUCAGCACGCUGCUCAAUUCGGUUCUCUGCAGCAUCAAAGGAGUCAUUAAGAAGAGAGGGAGUGAUUUUGUGGUGUCGUCUUUCUGGUUGGCCAACACGUGUCGACUAAUUCAUUGUCUGAAGCAAUAUAGUGGCGAUGAGACGUUCAAGACCCACAACACUGCAAAGCAGAAUCAGCAUUGCCUGACCAACUUUGAACUGACUGAGUACCAGAACGUAUUUGCUGACUUGGCAGUCCAAAUUUACCGCCAGCUCAUCAAAAGCAUGGAGGACACCCUGCAGCCCCUCAUAGUGUCAAGCAUGCUGGAGCAUGAGUCCAUUCAGGGUGUUCUAGGCUCCAAACCAACAGGUCUGAGGAAGAGGAGCUCAAGUUCCCCAGAGGAAGAGGCUGUUACAGUGGAAGUCCUCCUGCAGCAACUUGGACAGUGGCACACCGCCAUGUGUCAGCAUGGGUUGGACUCUGACCUCAUUAAACAAGUCGUCCGGCAGCAGUUUUAUAUCAUAUGUGCCGUCACCCUGAAUCACCUGCUUCUAAGGAAGGACAUGUGCUCCUGGAGUAAAGGCCUGCAGAUCAGGUACAAUGUCUGGCAGUUAGAGGAGUGGCUGGUGGAGCGGGAGCUCUCCGGGUACGGCGCCAAGGAGUCAUUGGAACCUCUUGUACAAGCCGCACAACUUCUGCAGGUCAAGAAAAAGACAGAGGCUGACGCUCAGGCUAUUUGCAACAUGUGCACAGGCCUCACGACUGCACAGAUUGUUAAAGUGUUGACCCUCUACACGCCAGUGAUUGAGUUUGAAGAGCGUGUGACAACCACCUUCAUCGCCACCAUUAAAAACAUUUUAAAAGACAGAGGGGAGUCCUCCACAUUGAUGAUGGAUGCCAGGAAGAUAUUUUCUGUAACUCUUUCCUUCUCACCAUCCUCUGUGGCACUAGAAACCAUCCAAAUCCCUGCUAGUCUUAAUCUGGACUUCCUCCACCGCAUCUAGAGCCGCUCAGUAUUUUCUGUUUGUUUCAUCUUUGGUUGCCAUCAGUUUAUACCGAACUUUAUACACAUGUCAUAUGAAAAGUUUAUUUAAGGAAAUAUAUGCACAUAUAUGCCACACUUCGGAGGGCACAGAGGGCUCUGUCCAGACCAUUUAGACCCCCCAAGAGCGCAGGACAACCAUGGCAACAGGCCCACCCCACCCGACCUGGCGAGGCUGCCCAGGCGAGGACCAGUACGACCUAACCUCUUGCCCAAAAUGAGCUGGGAUAGGACCCUUGUGAGAACAAGCAGCAUAGAAGAUGGAUGGAUGGAGGGACGUACCAUGUGACUAAAGCAGUACACUGUCCACAAUGACAAAUUUAAUUUUAAAUCUACAAGAUUGUUCCAGAUGGGUUUAAGUUGACAUUGGAUGAGAAAAAAAACUUGUUUUUAUUUUUUAUUUUAAGAAAUUCCCACCAAGCUGACAGAUGUGUUUUCAUUAUUUUUCCAGAUGUGAGUUUUUAAAAAUAUAUAUAUUUUUGAAUGUGCUGGCAUUUGC